AUGAACCAAUCAAUAGCUACAUUGCUCAAGCAGAAAAUAUCUCAGGAAGAAUCUUCCGGUGAUGCGGAAGGUACCACGGUUAGUGGGAAUGUUUCUAGCGAGAACACAACUGGAUUACCAUCUUAUAACGAUUCUUUAAUGGGCCAAACUUCACCUUCCAGUGCCAAACAUAUAAGACAUAGAACGUCCUCUACAGGAACUUCUGUAAAGAAAUUGUCAUAUAAUAUGCCUUCAAUGAGUAGUGCCAAUGUUAAUCCACCAGAAAAUUCAAAUGAAAAUUUGUUUAUUAAUUAUUUGUUGUACGAUAAUAAUGAUGAGAUCAAAGAUUUACAUUCUUCGUAUAUCGUCUCACCCAAUAGUACUGCCACAAAUAAUGACUUGCAUGAUAUAAACAGUCGAUCCAGAUGUACCUCCCCGAAAUCAAAUUGUUUGUCAAUACAACCAACUGAUCCAGAGUUUUGGGAGCAGUCAUAUAUUCCUUACUCAGCAGAUAUGCAGGUAAUUUCUACGGCAUUCACACAAAAUGAUGAAUCUUUGAAGUUUAAGGAUUCAAAGGAGAAAGAUAGAGAACUUGUUAGAGAAAAUUUAAGUACAAGUUCCACGAGAAGAAAUUCGUUUGCUAAUGUUCUCACGGAAUUGGUAACCUUACGAUCCCAUAGUUUCUCAUCUUUAAAGAAUAAUACCUCACAUAAUCAUGCACAUUGUCAUUCCAGUCAUGUCAAUUUCACAAAUCAAAAUCAAAAUUGUCAUCUAAAUAGUCUUGCCUCACAAGCGAUUCCCCCUUCCAGAGUGGCCACCUAUUCACGAUCUCACUCAAUCUCAUCUUCCUCCAAGGCUCCUAUUUCACCUACUACAAACUCUAUAGCUAAUCCAUUGAAUUUAAAUCAACCGGACAUAACACUUGAUAUGUUACCAAAACCACCAAAACCUAUAUCUUUAGAAAGUGUUGAAUCAUACUUAUUAGAAUUAUCAAAUUAUACAAAAUUUAUUGGUCGCAUUCUUUCAGAGAAUGAUUCAACCUUCACAAAACAAUGCUUAGAAUAUUAUAUGAUGAAUUGUUUCGAAUUUCAGUCAAUACCGUUAGAUAUAGCAUUGAGACAGGUGUUGGAAUUUGUAGAUUUACCUAAAGAGACUCAACAAAUUGAUAGAUUAUUAUUGACUUUUAGUAAAGCAUAUUUUGAACAGAACUCACAAUCAUUUUGGCUUAAUGAUGAUCAAGUUUAUUUUUUAACAUUUUCUUUAUUAAUCUUGCAUACCGAUUAUUUUAAUCCCAACAAUAAAUAUAAAAUGACCAAAAAGGAAUUUGUGGAGUUAGUUCAUAAAGAUCGUGAUUCAUUUGGAUUUAAAAUCCCUAUUGGAGUCUUAUCGUAUUUUUAUGAAAACGUCAUUUCUUUAGAAUCAAUUAAGUUAAAGUAUAAAGAUUUAUUGAAACUUCAACAAUCAUAUAAUACUGACACUAUUUUUUCUCCAAAACUUUUGAUUAAAGAAAAAAAAUUGAUUAAUAUUUCAACAAUUCAACCGCCUUCAGUGGUUAAACAGAGAUCCACAUCAUUAUCUGCUUUGCAUAGGAAAUAUUCCACUACAAAUUCUAUCUUAACUACUCAUUUACAUGUCUCCUCAAAUAAACCGCAAAAUAAUGCACUCACUCCUACAUACAGUUUAAAUUCAGCUUCUACUAUGAAUUCUCCAAAAAAUACCCCAAUCACAAAUAAUUCUUUAAAUUUGCAAGAAAAUAUUAAUAUUUAUGAAUAUAUUAAUCAAAAUUCAUUAAAUGAAAUUAAUUUAUUAAAUUUUUUUGAAUAUAGAGAUUCUUCUACAAAUGUUGAAAAAUUAUUAAAUACCAAAUUCCAUAAUAAGUUAAUUCAAUUUUUAAAUAAUAAAAAAUAUAAUUCCCACAAUUUAGAUAUUUCUAAUGACAAAAAUGAGAUUUUAAAUGGGAAUGAAAUUAUUUAUAAUAAUAAGAUUUUAAAUCAAAUUAAAAAUUUUAAAGGCGGCUAUUUAAGGGUAUUGCCCAAUUCUAUUAAAAACGGUAAGGAGUUCUUUAAAAAUUUUAGAAUUUUAAAUUAUACUCAAGAUAAUAUAUAUUAUUUCAAAAUUAUUCAAAUGGGGGAUAUUAAAAUGUUGGAACCUAGACUUAACCUGAAAUGCCGAUCUAAAUCCUCCUCUGCAUUAAAUCCAAAUCCUACCACUGCAGCAGCAAUGGCAGCAGCAGCUACAUCAACUAUCAAAAAGAUUCCACUGGUAAAUGCUAGUACAAGUAGUAGUUUACAAAGUAUUUCAGAACCAAAAUUAGAUCCUACAUCAAUGAGAAGAAAUGACAAAUCUGAGCUUGAAGAAGAAUACGGAGGAGGAGGUGAUGGUGGGUGUGAAGAAGACGAAGAAGAUAAUUCGAUCAUUAUUGAUUCUAAAGAAUACAUUUGGAAAGAAAAAUUUGUUAUCUUAACCAUUGGUGGAAUAUGGAUUUUUGAUAAAAAAAAAUCUCAAGAGUUAACUACAUAUAUGAUUGAUGAUCCAAAUUUCCAUGAAGAAGUUUAUAUCGUUGAUUGUAAGAGUUUAAAAAAUAUUGACCAACCAAUCAUAUAUAGUAAUUUUUUUGUUAGUAAAGAGUUUUCUAAAGAUGAAAAAUCAUUAUUUUCUAAAAUUUUUCUAAAUUCUAUUAAAUUACAAAAUUCAUUUGAUGGGUAUGAAAUAAAUAAUGGUAGUGCUAGAAUGAAAAAGAAAGGAGAAAAUCUAAAUAUAAGAAAAAAUAAUUCUAUGUUUGAAAUUGGAGAUAAUCUUGAAGAUAAUAUUUUUGAAUUAUUUGGUCUUCACGAUUCAAUAAGAAACGAACAAGAUCGAGUUAUGAUGACAUAUGCUGGAAAGUUUGAUAUUCUUAAUAGAGAAAUAUUUGAUAGUCAUCAUAAUAAUACAGUAUGGAAAUGCAAGACGAGUUCUGAGAGAGAUAGUUGGGUCAAUUGUAUUAAUCUCUUAGCUGCAUUAGAUAAAUGUCAUUUCAAUCAUAUUGAUACGAUUACUAAUACAAUAAUACCAUCAGGACAUCUUUCAGUUGAAGAAAAAUUGAGAAAUAUUACAAAGACUUAUCAAAUCACAUUUAAAGAAUUGAAUAAAGUUCAAAAACAUAUUCAAAUGUAUAUGCAAUGCAUACCUAUCAAACAUAAAACGAAAAACCAUUUAAUUGAAGAGAUUAACAAAUUGAUCAUUAGGAUGUCUGAAUUAUAUUUUGAAAAUAAAAAGAACUAUACAUAUAGUCAAAUUAUAGACGAGUUGUACGAGUUGUUAGAUACUACUACAGUCAAUUCUAUUUCUGAAACAGCAUCUCCAAGCAUCUCUCAUUCAAAUAGUACAACUGGAUUUCUGUUGAAUGAUUCCAACCUAUAUAAAUGCAUUACUGAGGAGGAACUUUAA